AACAACCAACAACCAUCCACAAACAGAACUCAAACAGAGCAUAUUCCGUGUGUGAAAAAGAAAAACUAUAAAAACUCUCAAGUAAAAUGGUGAAAAGUGUCUGCGAAAUGGAAUUCAAGAGCAACUUCUCCAUCGAUGCCAUUCUGGCCAAGAAACCCACAAGCAAAACCACAACAAUCAUCAAGCAUGAGCCACAUCAUCAUCAGCAGCAGCAGCAGCAGCAGCAGCAGCAGCAAUAUGUGCAGCAGCAGCAUUAUGUCCAUCCUUAUGGCAACUCCGAUGGUGAGCUCUCCGCCUCGGAGGACUUUGACAGCCCCUCCCGCACCAGCACUCCCAUGAGCAGCGCCGCCGAGUCGCUGUCCUCCCAGAACAAUGACAAACUGGACGUGGAGUUCGACGAUGAGGAGGAUCAGCUGGAGGAGGAGGAGAGCGAGGGGGAGAGCAACCCGAGCAAGAAGCAAAAGAUGAGCAGCAGCAGCAGCGACACCAAGAAGCCGCCCUACAGCUACAACGCGCUCAUCAUGAUGGCCAUCCAGGACAGCCCCGAGCAGCGGCUGACCCUCAAUGGGAUCUACCAGUACCUGAUCAACCGAUUCCCCUACUUCAAGGCCAACAAGCGGGGCUGGCAGAACUCCAUCCGCCACAACCUCAGCCUCAACAAGUGCUUCACCAAGAUCCCGCGCAGCUACGACGAUCCCGGCAAGGGCAACUACUGGAUCCUGGACCCCUCCGCCGAGGAGGUCUUCAUCGGCGAGACAACCGGCAAGCUGCGCCGCAAGAACCCCGGCGCCAGUCGCACCCGCCUCGCCGCCUACCGCCAGGCCAUCUUCUCGCCCAUGAUGCCCAGCGGCUAUGGUGCCCCAGCGCCUGGCUACGGCUACCCCGGAGUGCCCUUUGCCGGCGCUGCCGCUGCCGCCGCCGCCGCCGCCGCCGCUGCCCUGUACCAGCGCAUGAAUCCCGCUGCCUACCAGGCGGCACUGCACCAGCAGAUGCAGUACCAGGCUGCCGCCGCCGCUCCGCCCUCGCACCAGCAGUCGCCGCAUCCUGCCCAGCUGCAGGGCUAUGCGCCGCACAUGAGCGCCGAGCUCUUCCAGCGCAUGCAGUUCUUCGGCAAGUUCCCCGCCAGCUAAGCUGUCUGCCCGCCCCAAGCCGGUGCUUUGGAUCCACGGGACAAGGCUUUGCCAAGCCGCCGCCGCCGUCACACAAAAGGGGAGUGGGAGUGGAAGUGGCAGUGCUCCUGCUGCUGCUGCUGCUGCCUCCUCCCCUCCUCCUAUGACGUCUAAAUGCUGCAUUUAGCAAAUUCUUUCGGCCAUUUACACACACAUUUGGUCUUCAGCGGGCCCCCAUUGUCGGCCUGGAAAGUCGACAAACGAAAAAAAUCCAG